CUGUGUCUGGGUUUUGCAGUGGUCCUCCAGUACAUUGGUCCUCCGGAGUUGCAACCGGCGCUGUUUCCUGCCGCCGGGUUGUGGUCGCCGUGAUGCAGAAAUACGAGAAACUGGAGAAAAUUGGCGAAGGAACCUACGGGACGGUGUUCAAAGCAAAGAACAAAGAAACUCAUGAGAUUGUGGCGCUGAAGAGAGUUAGACUGGACGAUGAUGAUGAGGGCGUGCCCAGCUCAGCCCUGCGAGAGAUCUGUCUGCUCAAGGAGCUGAAGCAUAAAAACAUCGUCAGGUUGCACGAUGUUCUUCACAGCGAUAAGAAGCUGACCCUGGUGUUUGAGUAUUGUGACCAGGACCUGAAGAAAUAUUUUGACAGUUGCAAUGGCGAUCUUGAUCCUGAGAUUGUGAAGUCAUUCAUGUACCAGUUGCUGAAGGGGCUGGCGUUCUGUCACAGCAGGAACGUGUUGCACAGGGACCUGAAGCCACAGAACCUGCUCAUCAACAGGAACGGGGAGUUGAAGCUGGCAGACUUCGGACUGGCUCGAGCGUUUGGGAUCCCUGUCCGAUGUUAUUCUGCAGAGGUGGUGACCCUGUGGUACCGCCCUCCGGACGUCCUCUUUGGCGCCAAACUCUACUCCACGUCCAUCGAUAUGUGGUCAGCGGGCUGCAUCUUCGCAGAAUUGGCGAACGCAGGAAGACCUCUAUUCCCCGGUAAUGACGUAGAUGAUCAGCUGAAGAGAAUCUUCCGCUUGCUGGGGACCCCAACGGAGGAGCAAUGGCCAUCAAUGACCAAGCUUCCCGACUACAAGCCCUAUCCCAUGUAUCCGGCAACAACUUCCCUGCUAAACGUUGUUCCAAAACUCAACACUACGGGACGGGACCUGCUACAGAACCUGCUGAAGUGUAAUCCGGUACAGAGAAUCUCAGCUGAGGAAGCCUUGCAGCAUCCCUACUUUGCAGACUUCUGCCCCCCCUAACGGAGGUGCCAGGCUCGUUGCUGCCCGCACGAUCAGCCUGAAGGAACCACUGCAGCUGCCUCUCCUCCCUGCCACAGGCUGACUGGCCCUGAGGUGACCAGCGUGGGGACGACUCUGGCAAUGAGAUAGAGUCUCGCUGAACUGUUUCUCCGGGAGGAUUUUUUUUUGCAUUCCGAACAGAUUAUCAUGAAGAAAAGCACUUUUAUUAUGUCUGUAAAGAAACCAUCUGAACCAUGUAUAGUGGAGUAUUCUGUGCACGUGCCCCCUGUCUUGUGCUAUGGCACGUGUGACUUGGUGCACAAGAGUGUUGCUUCCGUGUGUGUAUCUUUGUUGUGCUUAUCCACGUGUCCCCAUGCAAUCAUGAGCGUCUCUCGUGCUCUUCGUAUGUACGUCAUUGUGUGUGUAAUCACAUGUAUGUGCAGUUCCCUACUGAUGGAUGUUAAACUAUAAUCUCUGCUCUCUGUUUUCGGUGUCUGACUUAUAUGUUAGUUGUGGAGCGAUGGAUCAGUCUCUGUGCUGUGUGUAUGUGUGUGUGUUCCUGGUGUCUGCAUGUUACACAGGAUUAGCCCGUGUGAGAUGUGCAAGACAGUUCUGUUGGAUGAUUGUUUGAUGUCACUGAAUCAUUGUGACCUCAGCACAGGUCCAUGUUUUAUGGGGAAUUAUUUUCUAUGAAGUUUAUCGUGAAUGAAAGCACUUUUUUUGUAAAGAAAUGUGAAACUUGAAUGUUCGUCUAUUUUGUAUUGUGUUUGUGAUUUGGCGUGUGCGUGUGUAGACACUUAUCAAGUACUGUCAUGUGUGUAAAUUUGCAUUCUAUUGUGACUUUUAAUGUAUGCUCACGUGUGUCUUUGUAACAAUAACUUGUAAUGUAGACACAAGAAACUGCAUUGCUGGUUUACAAAAAUAGACAUGAAAUGCUGGAGUAACUCAGCGGGUCAGGCAGCAUCUCUGGAGAACAUAAAUUCAUAGGCUAUAGGAGCAGAAUUAGGCCAUUCGACCCAUCGAGUCUACGCCAUUCAAUCAUGGCUCAACUAUCCCGACACAAGAUGUCACCCACCCAUGUUUACCAGAGAUGCUGCCUGACCCGCUGAGUUACUCCAGCACUUUGUGUCACCUCCUAAUGUAUGUUGUGUGUGUGUGAGCAUGUGCGAGUGUUUCGGAUCCUUUUUAUUUUUUAUUGGAUGGUGGUAUCACUAAGUGGCGGUUCCGUGGAACUCCGAUCCUGAGGGACCCCCCCUCAUGAAUCGCAGUGAAUCAUCGCAGCCUGUUUGCUCAUUGCUCGAUGUCCCAGUUACAAGCUCUCAUUCUGCAGCAUGAACAAACCGCAGGGUUGGGUAGUGCAGUUGAUACACCAUUUACUCCUGUAGUUAGGUCACUGAAUUGAUGGUGUUUGGACAGGACAAAAAGUUAACAAUUGGCUGUGCAACAUUGCUGAAACAAUAGCAAAUCACGAGAAACUCAAAUCUGUGGCAGAAAAUCAUGUGGCAUACCUUGCUGCAGUGCCAAACUUUACACCUCCUUGGGUGCAAAACAAUGAGUAAAAAGUGAAUAGUUUUAUCAUUCUGAUUAUUAAACAAAGGCACAUUAUAUCCAA